AUGUGGAGAGUUAUUACUAUUAUAGCCAAAGGAAAUUAUAAAGAAAGAAUGGGUCAUUUACAUGCUAUAAAAUAUAUCUAAGUGUAAGAUUUGCAAAAUCUAAUGAAAUUUGUUAUUUUAGUUUAUCUGUAAUUUAGUAUAUAAGUAUCCAUUGUACUGAAGUCAUAAAGAAAAAUAAUAUGA